AUGUUUGGUUCUCUGUCACCAUUAUCCAUUUACACAGAAGAACAUGACUACACAAUGAAGUUACAAGAAGCUGUAUCAUCUCCUCCAGUCAAACCACUGCUUGAUGAACCACGACCCACCGUCACCAUAAACACUGGGUAUUUACCAUUACGCUGUGUUAGCUGUCUCAGUGAAGAAGAAGUUUGGACAUGUGGGAAUAACGAAAUCAUGAAGCUCCUCAACCUCCAAGUGAAGAAUAAACAGAUACAAACCGUGAUCACACAACAGAGGUGGAGACCUUGGAAUGUCUGCAGUACCUCCUCUGAUGAUAUCCUGGUUACCAUGGACAGAGAAGAUAAAAAACAAUCCAAAGUUGUGCGUUACGUUUGCUUCAUAGAGAAACAAACCAUUCAGUUUGAUUAUCAGGGUCGUCCUCUCUAUUCAUCUGGUGGUAUUAAAUACAUCAGUGAGAACAGAAACCUGGAUAUUUGUGUGGCUGACCGUGGAGCCAAAGCAGUAGUGGUGGUCAAUUAG